AUGUCUUACGGUACAAGUACAAGUCAAGGAUCUUAUCCAGGUCCCCCACCAGCGUAUAGCUCUGUUGGAGCUUCACAUGAACCAUUCAUAGCCAGAGAAUGGGAAAAUGACGACGUUCCUGAUGAUUUUAAGUAUGGAGUAUCAGUUUCAGAAUGCAGCUUAACUGUUCUUAUAGCAUUUGUGCGCAAGGUCUAUUCGAUUUUGUUGGCGCAAAUUGGGUUAACGACCGUCAUAGCAGCAAUCUUUAUGUUUAAUGAAAGUAUCAGAAACUGGGUUCAACAGAGUUCCGUUCUUUUGAUCGUUUCCAUGAUUGCGACAUUUGUACUUUUAUUGCUUCUUAUGUGGAAACGUCGUUCAUAUCCUACUAAUUUUAUGCUAUUGGCUGCUUUUACUCUUGCCGAGGGUUAUUCCAUUGGAACACUUGUGACCUUUUUCGAUUCUGUCAUUGUGCUACAGGCUUUUAUUAUCACAACUGGUAUUUUCAUCGCCCUAUCUCUGUUUACCGCCCAAUCUAAAUAUGAUUUCAGUGGAAUGGGUCCCUUCUUAUUCGCAGGUCUUUGGGUUGUUAUAAUUGCAGGAGUUAUUGGCAUUUUCUUUCCGUUCUCUGGAGCUGUGGAUCUUGUUAUUGCAGCUGGUACAGCCAUUCUCUUUUGUGGAUUUAUUAUUUAUGACACUUUUAAUAUAAUGAAAAAAACAAGUCCCGAAGAAUAUGUGAUUGCAGCAGUUGAACUUUAUUUGGAUUUCAUCAACUUAUUUAUCGCAAUCCUAAGAAUCUUGAACGACUUGAACCGGGAUUAA